CGCUGAGGGGGGACAAGUGAGAGAGAAGAGAGAGAGAACCGGGCAGGAGCACACCGGGCAGUCGGGCGAAGAGAAGAGUUUCGGGCACUGGCAGAGGCAAAAGGUGAGGAGAUCUGGCCAGUCAGAGGGAAGUUUGGCAGUAACUGAAGAGCAAAGAAGGAAGCCCAGGUAGGAGUCAGUCCUUGGGCUCCUCUCAGCAUCCUGAUUCCUUCGCCAGUACUCAACCACCACCCACUCGGCAGCCUCCAGGCCCGGGACUGUCCCAGGUGGCUGCCGCUUGCGCGGCGCGGAAGAGGAGUCCAGUAAGGUUGCCGCACCACGCGCCGGGGUGCUCGGACUCCAGACAACACAAAUCUGAAAAAAAAAACACACUUGGCCUGGGUUUUCUAAAUUGUUAUGAACCAUGGCCCAGCUGUACUACAAGAAGGUCAAUUACUCACCAUACAGAGAUCGCAUCCCCCUCCAAAUCGUGAGGGCUGAGACUGAGCUGUCUGCUGAGGAGAAAGCCUUCCUUAGUGCUGUGGAGAAGGGGGACUAUGCCACAGUGAAGCAGGCACUGCAGGAGGCCGAGAUCUACUACAAUGUCAACAUCAACUGCAUGGAUCCUUUGGGCAGGAGCGCCCUGCUCAUUGCCAUUGAGAAUGAGAACUUGGAGAUCAUGGAGCUACUGCUGAACCACAGUGUGUAUGUGGGCGAUGCAUUACUCUACGCCAUCCGCAAGGAGGUGGUAGGAGCUGUGGAACUUCUGCUUAGCUACAGGAAGCCCAGUGGAGAGAAGCAGGUUCCCACGCUGAUGAUGGACACCCAGUUCUCUGAGUUCACACCAGACAUCACUCCCAUUAUGUUGGCAGCCCACACCAACAACUAUGAAAUCAUCAAAUUGCUUGUCCAAAAGAGGGUCACUAUCCCAAGGCCCCACCAGAUCCGCUGCAACUGUGUGGAGUGUGUAUCCAGUUCGGAGGUAGAUAGUCUACGUCAUUCUAGGUCCCGACUGAAUAUAUACAAGGCUCUGGCAAGCCCCUCGCUCAUUGCCUUAUCAAGCGAGGACCCCAUCCUCACGGCCUUUCGGCUGGGCUGGGAACUCAAGGAGCUGAGCAAAGUGGAAAAUGAGUUCAAGGCUGAGUACGAGGAACUUUCCCAGCAAUGUAAGCUCUUUGCCAAGGAUCUCUUGGACCAAGCUCGGAGCUCCAGAGAACUGGAGAUCAUCCUCAACCAUCGAGAUGACCACAGUGAAGAACUUGACCCACAGAAGUAUCAUGACCUGGCCAAGCUGAAGGUGGCAAUCAAAUAUCACCAGAAAGAGUUUGUCGCUCAGCCAAACUGCCAACAAUUGCUAGCCACCUUGUGGUACGAUGGCUUCCCUGGAUGGCGGAGAAAACACUGGGUAGUCAAGCUUCUGACCUGCAUGACCAUUGGAUUCCUGUUUCCUAUGCUGUCCAUAGCCUAUCUGAUCUCACCCAGAAGCAACCUUGGGCUUUUCAUCAAGAAACCCUUUAUUAAGUUCAUCUGCCACACAGCAUCCUAUCUGACCUUCCUCUUCAUGCUUCUCCUGGCUUCUCAACAUAUCGUCAGAACAGACCUCCAUGUUCAAGGACCUCCCCCAACUGUUGUGGAAUGGAUGAUACUGCCUUGGGUUCUAGGUUUCAUUUGGGGGGAGAUAAAGGAAAUGUGGGAUGGUGGAUUCACGGAAUACAUCCAUGAUUGGUGGAACCUGAUGGAUUUUGCAAUGAACUCCCUCUACCUGGCAACUAUUUCCUUGAAGAUCGUGGCCUAUGUCAAGUAUAAUGGUUCUCGUCCAAGGGAAGAAUGGGAAAUGUGGCACCCGACUCUGAUUGCAGAAGCACUCUUCGCAAUAUCCAACAUUUUAAGUUCCUUGCGUCUCAUAUCCUUGUUCACAGCCAACUCCCAUUUAGGGCCUCUGCAGAUCUCUUUGGGACGAAUGCUGCUUGAUAUACUCAAAUUUCUCUUUAUCUACUGCCUAGUACUACUGGCUUUUGCCAACGGACUGAACCAGCUUUACUUUUACUAUGAGACCAGAGCUAUUGAUGAACCUAACAACUGCAAGGGGAUCCGAUGUGAAAAACAGAACAACGCCUUCUCCACGCUCUUUGAAACCCUUCAGUCGCUCUUCUGGUCUGUCUUUGGCCUCCUAAAUCUCUAUGUUACCAAUGUGAAGGCCCGACAUGAGUUCACUGAGUUUGUGGGAGCUACGAUGUUUGGGACAUACAACGUCAUCUCCCUGGUAGUGCUGCUGAAUAUGCUCAUCGCCAUGAUGAACAACUCCUACCAGCUCAUUGCCGAUCAUGCUGAUAUUGAGUGGAAGUUUGCGAGAACAAAGCUCUGGAUGAGUUACUUUGAUGAAGGUGGCACCUUACCACCUCCUUUCAACAUUAUUCCCAGCCCCAAAUCAUUUCUCUAUCUUGGCAACUGGUUCAACAACACCUUCUGUCCCAAAAGAGACCCUGAUGGAAGACGAAGGAGGCACAACUUGAGAAGCUUCACAGAACGUCAUGCUGACAGCCUGAUACAAAAUCAACAUUAUCAGGAAGUUAUCAGAAAUUUAGUCAAGAGAUAUGUGGCUGCAAUGAUAAGAAACUCCAAAACAAAUGAGGGGCUAACAGAAGAAAAUUUUAAGGAAUUAAAGCAGGACAUUUCCAGCUUUCGAUAUGAAGUGCUUGACCUCUUGGGAAACAGGAAACAUCCAAGAAGAAGCCUCUCCACCAGCAGUGCUGAUUUCUCUCAAAGGGAUGAUACCAAUGACGGCAGUGGUGGGGCUCGGGCCAAGUCUAAGAGUGUCUCUUUCAAUGUAGGCUGCAAGAAAAAGGCCUGUCACGGUGCACCGCUCAUCAGAACCGUGCCAAGAGCUAGUGGCGCCCAAGGAAAGCCAAAAUCCGAGUCGUCGAGCAAACGGUCCUUCAUGGGUCCGUCUUUCAAGAAAUUGGGUCUCUUCUUCUCCAAGUUCAAUGGUCAAACAUCUGAACCUACUUCGGAGCCAAUGUACACAAUCUCUGAUGGCAUCGCACAGCAGCAUUGUAUGUGGCAGGACAUCCGCUAUUCUCAGAUGGAGAAAGGGAAGGCAGAGGCCUGUUCUCAAAGUCAGAUGAACCUUGGCGAGGUAGAGCUAGGUGAAAUCCGGGGGGCUGCUGCUCGGAGCAGUGAGUGCCCCCUAGCCUGUUCCAGCUCCCUUCACUGUGCAUCCGGCAUCUGCUCCUCAAAUUCGAAACUUUUGGACUCGUCAGAGGACGUAUUUGAAACUUGGGGAGAGGCUUGUGACUUGCUCAUGCACAAAUGGGGUGAUGGACAGGAAGAACAAGUUACAACUCGGCUCUAAGUCAAAUCCCCGUCAUCUAUUCUGGAAUUCAAGAGAAUAUUUGUAAUUUCCCUGUUCUCAGAGGUGACCCCAAAUUUGGUUCCCUCCCUGUCCCCAACACACACACACACACACACACACACACACACACACACACACACACACACCAAGGAGUGAAACUCCUAUUACUUUCAGUCUUUUCUAGCCACAUUCUUCAUGUUUUGUUUCACUGUCAUUAUCAUUUGCCUUUUUAUAUCUAUAAAUACUAAAUCCAUCUCAAAAGCAACUGAAGGGGUCCUGCCCCUAAUGAGCAGAGGUGCGGUCGGGUGCUUUAACCCCUUUGCUUUGCUUUGUUCACCCUUGCCUCCUUGAAGCUCCAGGUGCCACUUUGCUACCAUAGCUGCCGCAUAGAUUCCUGACAUGCCUCAGGAUCUCACACCCAUCUCCCCACAGAGCUGAGGGCUACGGUCAGCAGUCCCUACCAGCUAUCAGAUAAGGCUAAUCAACCUGCCUGUCUUCGUUGCUCUUCAGUGCUACACGCUGCCCAUGCUGGUCCGAUGAACAGCAUUAAAGGGAGACUCCAAAGAAUUGUCAGCUUGUGGUUUCUAGGUAGAACUGGCCUUUCCGUUCCGUUUUUAAACACUACAAGUACUAAUUGUGGGGACUGUAGAGGUUUUGUUUCGUAAAUGUGUGUUAGUUUCUUAACGUGUAGCAAUGAGAUAUUUACUGUACAGUGCGUACCACAUAAUAAGUUAGCUAAUUUCCUGUGUUUGUAUAUUUCGGUUAACUUACCAUACCUUAAAAUUUGAGAGUAUCAAAACUAGUAUUUAGGAUGUGUACUUUUUUCAAAAAAAAAAAACUUUUACUGUACUUUAACUAAUAGUUACUACAUCUCAUACAUUGGCAAGAAAAAUAAUUAGUUGGUAUAUUUAUAGGGUCCUAUCUACUGUGGAUAGUUUUAAUCAUCAUUGAUAUAAAAGCAUUUCUAAGAUUAAAGUCUGGAUUUGAAAUAUUUUUAUCAGAAAAAUGACAAUUUAUUGAGGUGUUAAAAUUUGGGGGGAAAAUGCACCUCAAUUUAAUUAAUUGCUUUCUGGAAAGAAAACCCAACAGAUACAAAUGUAGGUUCAGAUAACUGAAUUCAGAUUGCAGCUGCAGUAUCUACUGGGGGACAGUGGAAAGCACAUGUAUGAGCUCUUGGAUAUAGAACAUAAUAAUCCUAGUGGAUUUGUAGAACUAUACUUGUGGUCUAAGUUCUGCCUUCCAAGAAAGCUGCAGUUAUACAUUCCAAUUCUUUCCCAUAGGCAAGGAGUACUUAAUCCGAAUAUAAGUUAAAAAUGAAGCUAGUUUGCGGAUGGUAAUCACCUUAGAACUGAGACCCACCAAACAGCUGAGCAAACAUGGGUUUACCAACAUAUGCUCGGCUUGUAGAGAUUAACAAUGUCUAUGGCAGAAACGUUAAAGAAGGCUGUUGAGUACCACUUGGUCUUUUUAAAGGUCACCACCACCAAGGACUCCUUCACAUUUUUGUGAUGUCUGCUAGAGGUGAAGGGGGAAACUGUGAAACAAUGUAAAUGUGUCUGCAAGCUUGCUUUUGACAGAGUAGUUUAAGUCAAACUGACUUUCCAUCUCUAUCCCUAGCAUUGGUGAAUGAGGGGGAAAAUGUUUCAUGUGGAGAUGAGCCAAAUUAGGGGCAAGGGAGGCAGGAAGUGCUGCUGGAUACAACUCAGAUACCCAGAAAAAGGAACUAGGAGAGUAAGAUCCAUCAGCAUCCAUUUGGCUGGCAAGGGUUUGUUCCAAAAUAAUCUAUCUUAUCUGAAGUGCUCAUUUAUUCAAAUCCAACUGCUGCCCUACUUUUUCUAAGAGCGCCUAUCACAAAUAGCUCUGACACAAAGACAGCUUACUUUCUAAAAGGAAGAGAUCUAAAGUCACAAUUUCAACUUUCCCAACAGUAAAUUCUAUUCUUAAUAAUAAAUGGGGCUGGAGAGAUGGCUCAGCAGUUAAGAGCACUGAGUGCUCUUUCAAAGGUCCUGAGUUCAAAUCCCAGCAACCACAAGGUGGCUCACAACCAUCCAUAAUGAGAUCUGACAUCCUCUUCUGAUGUGUCUGAAGACAGCUACAGUGUACUUAUAUAUAAAAUCAAUAAAUUAAUCUUUAAAAAAAUGACCCUUCAGCCCAGUGAUGGUGGGGCACACUUUUAAUCCCAGUACUCAGGAGGAGGCCAGCCUGGUCUAUAGAAUGAUUUCCAGGACAGCCAGGGCUACACUGUGUAUAAAUAAGCAAACAAACGAACAAGUAAAUAAAUAAACCUUGAGAAAUACUGUAUAGAAAAUAUACAAACCUAAACUAUAAUCCGAACUCAUACUGCCAACAAAGCCAACAUAAAACAUAUAGUCAAAACAUUUUUCUCACCAAUACACCAACUACUGAUGAUCUAGGCAUAACUGUUCUAGUGAUCAGAAAACAGGGUAGCAAGCCAUGAAGUCAUGCUUCAAAGCAGUCUAUUAUAUUCUGAAAGGUGAGGACAGAUAUACCACAACAGCCAAUCUCUGCUACUGAAAGACACUAGUCCCAUAUUUCCUGGGAACACAUUGCAGUACAGAUCACCUCAGGGUUAUCAUGUUUGUGAUGUGGACUUAGGACAUCAUUAGCUAUGUUGAGGUCUCAUUUACUAUGAAGGUUAAAACUAAACAGGGAUUGCCCUAAGUACCAUAUAGGUGAUAGCAACAUAUUAACUUUAAGCUAAUACCAAGUAGGAGAAAGGCAUCAUUCUACCCUGUUAAUCAGCUACUGUUUAAAAACAUUUCAGGGAUAGAGAACUUUAACAGUCAGCCCUGAGUUCUGUCUGCAGUACCUUUUUUUUUUUUCUUUUAAGGGGGCUGGAGUGAUGGCUUGGUGCUUAAAGGCACUCAGUCUAACAAAGGGCCUACCCCGAUUCUAUUCCCAGCACCCAAAUGGCAGCUCAAUCUGUCUGUAACUCUAGUUCAAGGGCCUCUGACCUUGCUGUUAUCCUACUUGGGAAUUUUGAAUGGUGAGGAAGCAGUAUUAACUUAGUACUUUUUUCCUGGCAUGUGCUAAAAUCAAUAGCCACAAGAGCAUCCUCUGUAGAGCUGUUAAAGCAAAAGCUAUCCAAUUUAGCUUUUCUACUUCUGAGGACAGAAGACACUUAGACCAGAAAAAACUAACCCAAGGAAUAUAUACACUUUGGCAAAGAAAAUCUACAUAGACUUAUUGUAUACGUAAGACAUUACAAUUCCUAAUGCUGCCACGGGAGCUUAGCAGCUCGUCAGUAUGUUCAGAGAAGGUCCUAGUCGGUGGCUUUGGAGCUUUACUUUGAGAAAGUGGGGUGUUGAAGAAACAGAAGAAUUAAAUGUUAGAAUGAUACAGGCAACAAGCUAAGGUGCUACAUCAUCUUCACACUCAGAAUUGAUUUUUGCAACUUAAAAUCAACUUUCAAUGUGCUUGGAGUAGUGGCAGCUUUACAAGGAUAAGUACAAUGCCUCCUAGGGAAAUUUUAAAGGACAACAGACUUAAGUAGAGACCCUCCACUGAUUAGGGAGCCAUCAAAAUUUAACCCCUGAAAUCCUUAUAUUUAAAUAGCAAAUUCCAUCAAGAGUUCCAAUAGCCCAAGUUCUAAACAAACUGACAACUGUCUUUCUAGAUCUUCAGUAAUCUAAAAGACAAAUUUUAUCAUGUACACAUUCUACAAGUAGGCUGUUAGCAGGAUUAACAGGACAAAUGAAUUUUUAAAAAGCCCUCAAGAUUCUACAGAAAAAAAUGGAGAAGACAGUUUUUGGACCGGACAUUCAUAGUAGCAGAUGUAAUGAGACAGGGCUCAAAUAGAAAGGCAGCUAGUUGAAUUCUCAAGUCAUCUAAAAGUACUAUGUUCAAAGUAGGUAUUUCUAUAGAUGAUCUAACCAUUUUAUUUACAACUUCACCAUGUCUUUAAACAAUGAGGGCAGUUGCCUGUAUUCAAUAGGAAUGACAACUAGACCUGACAUACUUGGGAAGGAGCAGCAGUCAGAAUUUAAAAUGGUUUUUAUGACCUCUAGAACCAAUGGCACUAACAUCCAUGUUAGUGUAGGUUCAUAAGGAGAGUUCUAAACGCAGGCCGUCAACCACAUUAGUUUACUUAAUGUUAAAGGAAAUAAUUUCAUAAAGUAAUAACUUCGGAUUUAACUAUCUGAAUUCUCCCUUUAAACACAAUAUGGCCAUGUUCUUAUAUUUCAGUGGUACAACUAUAACAGACCUUGUCCAAGAUCAUUUCAGUUCAGAUAAGACUAAACAUAACUUUCUCCAGAGAAAAUACAUGGAUAUGUUUUUAUUCUUUCAUGUGCACACUAGGGGUAAUAUUCAAGAAGAGAGGAAUAUUCUAACUGCUUACGGAUUCUAUUUCUUCAAGAUUUUAUAAAAGGGGGAUAAGAAGUUGCUUUCUAGUCAGUGACUGAUUGCAAUUUGGAGCUACAGCCUAACAGUUGAUAGGAAAGAAAAACUAGAAAACAGAGGCUAUGCUUAUCAAAUUUUCUCCGCGUAGUCCCUUACAUCAACAUAGAAUGUUUGUCAAAAUUAAGGUUAAAAUUUUACCUCCUGAGUUUAAUUUAUGAAAAGGGAGAGAAAUUUCAGUGUUUGUGCAAAUGGCAUUUUGGCUCUCUGGAUUAUUUUAAAAGCUAAAAACCUGAGUAACAACUUUUAUCUAAAUAUUUUCUGUAAGAAGUGUGAAGUUAGUGUCAACCUGAAAUGUGUGAAAAACUUGUAUAAUAAUUUCGUGUGUUUUUAGCUUCAGUAUGAAGAAAAAUAAAGCAUUUCCUUGCCCUCCCACAAAAUGUAUGGCUAUUUAGAAAUAAGGUGUUUGUUCCUCCUUUUCCAAUGUAACCAUUUAUACCUAUUAAUAAAUGUUCAUGAACAGCAUUGGGUUUCAAAUGAUAAUUUAACCUGCAAAAACACUAACAGAAGACUACUGUAGUUCAAAAUAUUCUGAAGUCCGACUGAGAAGCAACGUUAUCUCAAUUUCUAUAGUUCCUAUGUAAAAAGUUUUUACUAUAAAGUGCUGAAAUAGUAAAACCUAAUGGUUCAUUCACCUCAAUUUCAACUACAUGCUUGGACUAUGUACUUCAAAAAAAGUAGUUUUACCCAGAGCUAUGAAUAUACCUGAGACGUAUAAAACUUUAAGUACUCAAUUAACUAUCCCAUCGCCU